GAAGAAAGACAAUUUUGAGGUUAUUCUGAUACUGUGGUUAUUUAUUUCAUUUGUAAUAUUUUUAUAGAAAUUAAAGGUGAAAAAAUAUUUAAUGUCAUUAUUUUGCGCCUAUUUAUUAAAGUGACCAAUUCAAAUUACACAAAAAUACGGUAAAAAAACUAUGUCACUUAUUUCCAGAAGUAUUAGCGGAUUUUGGAAUUCUGUAAAUAACAUUCAGGCAUAUACCGCUCAAGUAACAUGUCUCAGAUUUAGAUACCAUGCUGAGAAAGUUGCCAACGGUCGUAUAAUUAGACGACAUGGUUAUGAUGAUCAAAUGCUUCAGAAAGGUUUGCUACCGAGAGAAACAGAUGGAGAAAGAAUAUUUACAAUGCCGAUUUACAAACCUAAAGACUCCUGGUCAGAAAAGAGGGCAUUGUUUGGUCAGAAUGAUUAUGUAGAUAUUUUAGGAAACGAUAAGCUGCAUCCUACCAGAAUUUUGUAUAACAUGCCAAGAUGGUUAAGAGGUGUGGGUGGUCACGAAUAUAAAGUUAUGUUACGAAAGAGAAACUCUUUGGUUGGCACUUCAUACCCUCUUGCUAGACCAACAAAAUGGUAUCAAUUAGAUAAAAGGAUUAGAUAUUUAUAUAAAUAUUUAAAUAAGAAAACAAAAACUGGUCAUUAUAAUUAGAUCAUUUUAAUUGUAAAUAAAUUAAUAGUGUAU